AUGUUACAUAGUUAUUUCGAUGGGGUCAUGGAUGUCCUUAGUUCCUUCGCAGUGAGGCUGAAUAAUGCUUCUUGUCAUGAAAUAGUUCCGGUAUCCUUCUUCCCGCCCUCUCUUUGCAGUACUUCAGUUGAGCUCCUCUGCACUCAGCUGUCAGCUCCUGGCUUCCGAAAGGCAGCAGCAUAUUACGGGCCUACUCCAAUGGGGCGAUCGCUAUGCUGUGACAAGGUCGGCCUAAAGAAAGGUCCAUGGACGCCGGAGGAGGACGAGAAGCUUCUUGCCCACAUCGAGGAGCAUGGGCACGGGAGCUGGCGUGCAUUGCCCUCCAAGGCCGGUUUGCAGAGGUGCGGCAAGAGCUGCAGACUGAGAUGGACCAACUACUUGCGGCCGGACAUCAAGAGGGGCAAGUUCAGCUUGCAGGAAGAACAGACCAUCAUCCAGCUUCAUGCUCUUCUCGGCAACAGGUGGUCUGCCAUCGCGACGCACCUGUCGAGGCGCACCGACAACGAGAUCAAGAACUACUGGAACACCCACCUCAAGAAGAGGCUGGCCAAGAUGGGGAUCGACCCCGUCACCCACAAGGCCGCCAGCGGAGCUCCCGUGGGCACCGCAGACGACGUCAGAUCAGCCAAGGCCGCGGCGAGCCUGAGCCACAUGGCCCAGUGGGAGAGCGCCCGGCUCGAGGCCGAGGGGCGCCUGGCUCGAGAAUCCACGAUGCGCGCAGCAGCCUCCAGGCCAACCUCAGUCCCUCUGCACCCAAUAAACCUGCCAGAGCCUGCCGCCUCCCCGUGCCUCGGCCUGCUGCAGCCAUGGCAGGGCGCCGCGAAGCUCGACCUGGAGUCACCCACCUCCACGCUGACGUUCAUCGGUAACAAUAACAGCGUCAGCCUUGGGAUAUCCGAGGGCGACCCCACGACGUGGAGGUUGAGAGGCGAUGAUCCGGAGCGCGAAGAGGACAGUGCGCGCAGGUUCCUCCGCCAGCAGCAGAUGCAAGGGCUGGAAGGCGCGGAGAGGGGAGACGAGCACAUCAUUGGCUGCGGUGAGGAGCCGUGGUUCCAAGAAACCGUUGGCGUCGGGGCCGGCCUCACAGACGUGCUGCUUGCUGGAUCUGGUGUCGGUGCGCACGGUGCACUGGAGUGCUGGGGCGAGUCCGGCAAUGGCCAGGCCGAGCACGGCGGCCAGGUCUCGGGCGACGGAGAGAGCAGCAGCAGCUACUGGAGCGGCAUCCUCGGCAUGGUGGUCAGCUCGGAGCCGCCAUUUCUCUAG